CCUCGCUGCAUCAGGAUGUCGGUGCCGGAGCCCGCCGGCGGCGAGGAGAAGCAGGCCAAGGAGGUGGAGGACGCUGAGAAAUAUUCCUUCAUGGCCACCGUCACUAAGGCCCCCAAGAAGCAAAUCCAGUUUGCAGAUGACAUGCAGGAGUUCACCAAAUUCCCGACCAAGACGGGCCGUCGGUCCCUGUCCCGCUCCAUCUCCCAGUCUUCCACCGACAGCUACAGCUCCGCUGCCUCGUACACAGACAGCUCUGAUGAUGAGGUGUCCCCUCGAGAGAAACAACAAACCAACUCCAAGGGCAGCAGCAAUUUCUGUGUGAAGAACAUCAAACAGGCAGAGUUUGGGCGCCGGGAGAUCGAGAUCGCUGAGCAAGACAUGUCUGCUCUGAUUUCGCUCAGGAAACGAGCCCAGGGGGAGAAGCCUUUGGCUGGAGCUAAGAUCGUGGGCUGUACCCACAUCACAGCACAGACUGCAGUGCUGAUCGAGACUCUGUGUGCCCUGGGGGCGCAGUGCCGCUGGUCCGCCUGCAACAUCUACUCCACCCAGAACGAAGUGGCCGCCGCCCUGGCAGAGGCUGGUGUUGCUGUGUUUGCCUGGAAAGGGGAGUCAGAAGAUGAUUUCUGGUGGUGCAUUGACCGCUGUGUCAACGUAGAUGGCUGGCAGGCCAACAUGAUCCUGGAUGAUGGUGGGGACCUGACCCACUGGGUUUAUAAGAAAUACCCCAGCGUGUUCAAGAAGAUCCGAGGGAUCGUGGAGGAGAGCGUGACCGGUGUGCACAGGCUGUACCAGCUCUCCAAGGCUGGGAAGCUCUGUGUCCCAGCCAUGAAUGUGAAUGACUCUGUCACCAAGCAGAAGUUCGAUAACCUGUAUUGCUGCCGGGAAUCCAUCCUGGAUGGCCUGAAGAGGACCACGGAUGUGAUGUUUGGAGGGAAGCAAGUGGUGGUUUGUGGUUAUGGGGAGGUGGGGAAGGGAUGCUGUGCUGCCCUGAAGGCCCUGGGAGCCAUUGUGUACGUCACAGAGAUCGACCCCAUCUGUGCUCUCCAGGCCUGCAUGGAUGGAUUUCGGGUGGUGAAGCUGAGUGAAGUAAUCCGUCAGGUGGAUGUCGUCAUCACCUGCACAGGGAACAAGAAUGUGGUGACCAGGGAGCACCUGGACCGGAUGAAGAACAGCUGCAUCGUGUGCAACAUGGGCCACUCCAACACUGAGAUUGACGUGACCAGCCUGCGGAUGCCGGAGCUGACCUGGGAGCGGGUCCGUUCCCAAGUGGACCACGUCAUCUGGCCGGAUGGGAAACGGGUGGUGCUGCUGGCUGAGGGCCGUCUGCUCAACCUAAGCUGCUCCACGGUCCCCACCUUCGUUCUCUCCAUCACGGCCACCACACAGGCUCUGGCUCUGAUUGAGCUCUACAAUGCUCCUGAGGGCCGGUACAAGCAGGAUGUUUACCUGCUGCCCAAGAAGAUGGAUGAGUACGUGGCCAGUUUGCACCUGCCCUCGUUCGACGCCCACCUGACGGAGCUGACAGACGAUCAGGCCAAAUACCUGGGACUCAACAAAAAUGGGCCUUUCAAACCCAACUACUACAGAUACUGACGGGACCAUUUCCAUGAAGGACCAGACCACACAAGGCAACAUUUGAGAGAUUAUUUUUAAAGAUCAUUUUUAUUUCGGUUUACCUUUU